CAGUUUUGGUUGUUUACCUCGGAUCUCGACGACUUCUAGAGUAUACACGUGAAAAAAGGGAGAAAAACCUUAGCUUUGAGGAGGUUCUACUUACGGAUGAUACUUUGGCUUUACCUCUCAUGGGAUCAAUGGUACUUUUCCUUGCCUAUGUGCUUUUGCGGUUCAUUCCUUUAGAAUAUUUCAAUGCAGUGGUAUCUUUUUAUUUAAGCGUUAUCGGUGUCCUUUCCUUGGGAUCCUUCUUAAAGGCCUAUAUAAAACCAAAUUUUCUCACUGGCAUUUUUUGUUGUGCAGUGGGAGCGGUAUACUAUAUGACUAAUAGUUGGGUGGCGAACAAUCUAUUGGCUAUCGCCAUUGGUGUCCGGGCUAUUGGGUCUGUUCAUCUAGGAUCAUUUCAAAGUGCGUUUGUGAUGUUGUUGGGCUUGUUUUUUUACGACAUUUUUUGGGUUUUUGGUUCGGAUGUAAUGCUUACCGUGGCAGGUGGAAUUAAUGGUCCUAUUAAACUCGUUUUCCCCCGCACCAUCUUUGCCGAUCAUAAGGCAGUGAGUCUUUUGGGGCUGGGUGAUCUUAUUGUUCCAGGAUUCUUUAUUGCACAAACACUCAUUUUCUCUCUCGAGUACGUGAAACGAGGCACAUUUUAUUUUAAUGUUGCUCUUGUUGCCUAUACAAUGAGCCUUGUAAAUACAAUGGCUGUUAUGCUUAUUUUUGAACAUGGACAGCCCGCCUUGCUUUUUAUUGUGCCUUGGCUGCUCAUCACCUUUUUGGCUUCGGCUGCAUUAAAAGGCGAUUUAAAGGCAGUCUUUGUCUACACUUCCGAUGCCGUUACCCUGCCAAGUGUGGAUUCCAAAGAAGAAGCAGAAGAUGAUGGUUCUUCUAAAAAUCAAAUGGAGGAAAAUAAAGAUGAUGCAACGCUUAUUGGCGCCAUGUGGGGGGAGAUACUCACAUUGUUUGGGCGGGAAGUUACUAUAAAAGAUAAGGAUCAUUCAUCUCAGAAAAAGGAGGAGAAAGAAGAAUCAAAAAAAGUGCAAUAA